AUGGUAUGCUCCCCACUGCAUGGCGCUAUUUUCUCUGCAAUUGGCGGCGCAAUUAACGCGAUCGUCUCCGCCAUUGCGAACAUUAUCAUGAUCAUCGUCAGCGUCAUCGUAACGAUCAUCGUCACCAUCUUCGACGUCAUCUUCGAUAUCCUCUGCUGCAACUGCUUCGGAGGACGCACGAGGCGCACAGGCACCCACAGAUACCGCUUCGGCGGUGGCGGAGGCGGAGGAUACUGA